ACAUCCAGGAAAAUAAGUCGAAAAUCACAGCGCAGCCUGCGGAGUGUAUUUUCCUAAGCAGACAUGUUUCGUAACCAGUAUGACAACGAUGUGACCGUAUGGAGCCCACAGGGCCGGAUCCAUCAGAUCGAAUACGCCAUGGAGGCAGUGAAGCAAGGAUCUGCAACUGUAGGACUCAAAUCCAGAACACAUGCUGUCCUCGUUGCGCUAAAGAGAGCCCAGUCUGAACUGGCCGCCCACCAGAAGAAGAUCCUACAUGUUGACAGCCAUAUAGGCAUCUCCAUCGCUGGACUGACUGCUGACGCCAGGCUGCUCUGUAACUUUAUGCGUCAGGAGUGCUUGGACUCAAGAUUUGUGUUUGAUCGGCCACUUCCAAUCUCACGUCUCGUCUCUCUCAUCGGCAGCAAAACCCAAAUCCCCACGCAGAGGUAUGGAAGGAGGCCCUACGGCGUCGGACUUCUUAUUGCUGGUUAUGAUGACAUGGGACCUCACAUCUUUCAGACCUGCCCGUCAGCGAACUACUUUGACUGCAAAGCCAUGUCCAUCGGUGCACGCUCCCAGUCUGCACGCACCUACCUGGAAAGGUUCAUGGACAAGUUCUCGGACUGUAAUCUGAAUGACCUGGUGCAACACGGCCUCCGUGCUCUCAGAGAAACUCUUCCUGCCGAGCAGGACCUCACCACCAAGAAUGUUUCCAUUGGCAUCGUGGGAAAAGAAAUGGAGUUCACCAUUUAUGAUGAUGACGAUGUUGCUUCGUUCCUGGAGGGGCUGGAAGAGAGACCACAGAGAAAGGUUGCCCAGCCUGCAGAAGAACCUGCUGCUAGGGACGCACCUGACGAGCCAAUGGAGCACUGACGUGCUUCCUGUUGAUCCCAGACCGAUCUGACACUUAAAGGAGCAGAAUCUCAGAGGGGAAGGCCGCUGUCGCUGAGCUGUUGAUUCAGAUUAGUCUUUGCUUGCAUCAACCCAUGUGAUGUUGCUUUUGUAUGGGGAAAGUAUACCAUUAUACUCCUA